AUGCAAGACUUAUCUCCAGAACGCCUUGAUGCAAUCAUUUCAAAAUGUUUCCAAGAAAGAUCAUUAUUUCCAGGAAAAGAAUUUAUUAAAGCAAAUGAAAUAAAAUCACUAUGUUCUAUGGCAAUUAGAGUUAUUGCACAAGAACCUAGUUUACUUCAAUUAAAAGCACCGAUAUAUGUUAUUGGAGAUUUGCAUGGACAAUUUACGGACUUACUUAGAUACUUUGAUGAAACAAAAAUUGAUCAAGAUAGAUAUUUAUUUCUUGGUGAUUAUGUAGAUAGAGGAUUUCGAUCAAUAGAAAUUGUUGUAUUAGUAUUUGCUUUAAAAGUAAAAUAUCCUGAUAGAUUUUUCUUAUUACGAGGGAAUCAUGAGGCGAAGAAUAUUAACCAUUUAUAUGGUUUUUUUGAUGAAUGUAAAAGAAGAUUUGAUGUUGAUACAUGGAGAAAUUUUUGUGAAGUUUUUAGAUAUCUUCCAGUUAGUGCAUUAAUCGAAGGUAAAAUACUUUGUUUACAUGGAGGGUUAAGUAAAGAUAUGCAAGAUGUUUCUUGUUUAACACAAAUUGCACGACCAACUGAUAUUCCAGAAGAAGGAUUAUUGUGUGAUAUUUUAUGGGCAGAUCCAUCAACUGAUACUUUUGGAUGGGAAGAAAAUAUGAGAGGAGUAUCAUAUACAUUUGGGCCAGAUGUUGCUUUAGAAUUUUUAAAAAGAAAUGGUAUUGAAUUAUUAUGUCGUGCACAUCAAGUAGUAGAAGAGGGAUUUAAAUUUUUUUUAAUAAUUGUGGGGCAAUGA